AGCAAAGCGACUUUCGUGCUUCUUCACACGCGGCUCCAGAUUGUUCUUCUUGGCAGAGUUGGCGGCGUCCUAAUAAAAUACAACUACUAUGUCGGGACGCCUCAAUCAUCAGCAUGCGUACUACGCCUGGCGACGCGAGCAGGAGCACAACCGCGUGCAGGCGACGAAGGAGGUGAAUCGCUACUACGAUCAUUGGGGGCAGGUGACGUCGCGCUUUGAGAACUGGACCAACAAGGAGUAUUAUGACAAGGCCGAGCAGAAGCUGCAGACGCGCAAGGAUCAGCAGCAGAAGCAGCAGGAGCUGGAGGCGCGUCGCGGCAAACUGCGUCAGCUGCUGGACACGGACAACGAUGCGUAUGAUGUGGAGCUGGGACGCAAGCGUCGCCCCAGAGAGGCGCCCAACGAUUUGAAGACACUGGAGCGUGUCAAUCAAACACUCAAGGAGCAGGAGCAGCUGAAGCGCAAGCUGGAAAUGGAGGCCAAGCUGUAUGGACGCUGGCGUCAUGGCGUCGAUGAUGAGCAGCUGCUGUACAAGUCCAAGUCGGACAACGAGGUGCUGGCCAAGCUCAACUGGCUGGACAAGCAAAUAGCAGAGCAGCAAAAGCGCGAGGAGCAGGAGGCGCUGGCCGCCGAGCGUCAGCUGCAGCUGCAGCAGGAGCUGAGCCGCACCGAGGAGACGCGCAAGGAGCGCGAGUUGAUACGCGAGCAGGAAGUGAAGGAGCUUCGCGCGCUGCAGGAGACGCACGUCUCGGAGCUGAAGCAGCGCCAGCAGCAGGCCGAAAAGCUCAAAGAGGAGGAGCAACACUUUCGCGUCUUUCUCAGCGAGCUGGAGAAGGAAAAGGAGCUGCUGGAGGAGAGCACUGCGCUAAUGAUACAGCAGCCCGACAUGAGUCAGGCCUACAAUUUGAAGAAGAUCAAGAUCUAUAUACGCAAUCGCAGCGAGUCCUUUCGCAAGCAAAUCUCACUGUGCCUGGACAUACUCGAGCGCAUAGCCAAGUAUGCGUUCAAGCCGGAGCAGCUGCAGCAGCUCAUGGCCAAGUACAAGGAGCAGCUGGAAAACGAAGUGCUGGCCUAUGCACAAAUCGAGGCUAUGUACGAGUCCGAGGCCAAGUACAAUCUGCAGCGCUGUGAGGAAAACUGGCGUGAGCUGCAUUUGCAGCGCUUUAGCGAAAUCAACAAGUUCAUUGAACAAGAGCAGCAAUCGCUUAGCGCCAUGCUGCGCGAAAAUCUGGCCGAGCAGCAGUCGCUUGUAGAAUUACGCUCCACUCAUCUCACAGGCAUAGAGCAAACCAACAAGCAAUUAGAGCAGCUUAACAACCAAGCACAGCCCGAGGCCAUAGACUGCGCUGCUGACUUAGCCAGCAAUGCCAGCUCGGCCACUGUCCUGCCGCCAGCCAGCAGCCAUGUUGAGCUGGCUGCGGUCAGCUCGGAUGACCAAUUGCCCAAGGUGACCAGCUCGUUUAGCAAUCUCAAUCUCGAUGUCUGGCAGAACAUGCAGGCUGUGCAUGGCGGCGUCGACUCGCCCACACUCAACAAGACGCGCUCCAUGAAUGUGGUCACAUCUCAAACAGCUGUGCCACCGAAAUUCGCACGCAAGCGAGUGGCCUGGACUUAGCCUGGACUCGCUCUCAAUUAUUUCUAGUUCAUGCACGCAUGCAAUUCAAAUUUUAAAUGUAUUACAAUUAAGCUCUAGCUGUGCUGUUUAACAAUUAAUUAUUAAAUAUGUGUGUGUGUGUGUGUGCGUGUAUAAUGUAAAACUUAUUUAAGCUACUUUGCCUAAAGAACUGAUAUGGGCUUGAGUAAAUUACUAAAUUAUUACAAUA